AUGGGUCGUCGAAUUGUCUCCGGCGGCUGUCACCUGGCACAGCGGAAAAACGGUGACUUUGCGGCUCUUCGGCGAUUGUCACCCGACGGAGAGGAGCUGGAUGGAGGUGGGGCGCAUGUUAGGGAGACUUCAUCCUCAGGUCCGCGUAGCAAGAGGAGGCUCUUCAUCGCAUCCGGUACGCUCUCAGGAGGUGGUGACUCGUCUCCUAGCAGAUCGUCCUCUUCCCGACGACGGCUUGUUCAUCGAUCAAUUGAAGAUGCUUUACUCGAUGGAUUUGUGAUCUUUCUAUCGUGAAUCAUUCAGCAAUUUUAGUAACAAUGCUCCGCGAAUCAUGUUGACGAGAUUUUCGCCGAUGAUUUAGAAAUUAUGGUUGCUUAAUCCUUCACCGGCGAUCUGUAGGAAAGUCGUGAUAAUCAAAUAAAAAAAUAUGAGUUUUGGCUCUAAGAGGAUUCAAACCCGCGCCGGUUGCCAGCCACUUCUGAGGAAGGUGUGAUGCGGGUUUAGUCCCACAUCGGUUGUGUGCCGAUUUUUCAGACGAAUAUAUAGUAAUGUUACAUUUCUAAGCAAAGUUCCUUCUCUCGCAUGUACGACUACUCCUUGCCCCACAACUGACUGGCCACCGGUGACGUGAAAAGGGAGUGGCACACACGUGCCCCUAUCAGUCCAAGCCACUCGAGCCCCUACUCGCGGCUAUUCCCUGACUGAGCUUCUGACCCGCUUGCAGGCCCGGCUGGCCGACGGGUUCCCCUCAUUUUGUCUUAUUUUUAUUUUUAUUUAUUUUUCUUUAUUUAUCUCAAAAGUAAGAUUGUAAAAAUCAUAUAAAUUCAUAUAAAAUUAUAUAAUUACCUAAAAAUUCACAUUAAUCAAUUGAAAACUACUUUUCACACUUUAACACAAAUAUAAGUCUAUUUAUCAUGAGUUAAGGCUAAAACUAUAUUAUUUACUAAUUAUUAACUCAUGAUAAUGAAGGCUUAUCAUGAACUCUGUAGCUUGAUUCUAUUUCAUGUAUAUCAUGUGCUAUUGGAGACUUCUCUACUUAGAAGCUUAUUCUAUAUCUAUCUAUAAUUUACCAUGGUCAUUUGACAAUUAUAUAAGUCUGGUGGUCAAUCCUUAUGUGUUCUUGAGAAGGUAGCUAAGAUUGGUUUGUGAUCACAAUAAUAUUUGGAUGGUUAAGAUAUAAACCUUUUUUAUCACCUUUUUAAUGCUGUCUACUAAUAUUGGUAUUCUUUUUUUUUUAAUUUUUUACCCAUGAUAGAUGGGUAUUUUGAUUAAUAAAUGAUUAACGCAAAAUAUUAUUUAUAUAUCUAGAAGAUGGGUGGCUUGGCAAAUUGUUGGUAUUAUUCACUCCCCCAAGUGGGUCCUCAAAUCAAUAUCCUCCAUUAAUAUGUGGUUCUCUUACAAGAUCAAUGCUUUUAUCAUCAUCUAGAUUGGUACGUUAUAUAGCUCAUUUUUUUCCUAAGAUUAUGAUUUAUUAUUCUCAUGGAAGAUCUUGUUUACUCGGCAUCGACUAUAAAUAGAUUCAUAUAAGUCCAACCUUAACAGAAAUAUAGUAAUUAGAUGUGUUAUCAUAGUUCCUAUGCGAGGGUAAAUAUGGUGAGAACUUACCAAAAAUAAGCCUAGUAAGGUAGUAAGUUUAUCACAAGAGCUUGUUGAACCAAUACAUUGAUUACAUCGACAUGAAAUAAGUGAGUUAGUUGUGGUAUUGAACAGCCUCCUCAUACGUGAUAUUGAUCUAAAUUUCAUUCUGUGACAAAUUUUCUUAGCCAAUAAUAUAAAAAAUGGCCAAAAUUAUUAAACUUUAUUCAUAAAUGUCCCAGCUCUAUCCUAUCUGCAGUAAGAAUUAUAUUUUUCCCUACAAAAAAUUGCAUCUAUUAGUUUUAGUUUUUCCUAUUUCCUUAAAAAUCCUGCUUCUGAAAAAUUGGUAUGCCCCGUCAUCAAAAAAUACAAGUUUUGAAGCCAUUUCCGUCUAGAGCGAUGCAGGGUAAUGGGUUCUGCAUGUAGAGAGAGAAAGAUCGUCUUCCCGUUCGUCUCCUCCAGUCGCCUUCUUGUUCUUCUUCUCCACUCUCUAAGCAGUGUAGGGCUAUGGCAUCUCCGUGUUAAAAAAAAAAGAAAAAAAAAAUCCAGUUUGCAGAGCUUCGGAGUGAGAAUCUGGAGGAGCGAGAAAGGCCCUAGCUGGCAAUUCGACCAAACUCAUCGUAGAAGAGAAAGCAACAAGGUGCGUAAAACCCUAGCUCGCCAUCAGAAGAAGAAGAGGCCAUCCACGGUCAACAACAACACGGCCAUCACCGUGAGCGAAACCACGACAGAGAGGCCGCAAUGGCCCCGACCUGCAUCUGCUCUCGGUAUGUCGGUGGGUAGAGCGCACUCCUCGCCAUUGAAGUAAACCCUAGAAGGGAACCCAUCUCCGGCCUCUAUGUCUAUCCCGGGGGUGAGCUUCUUGGUGAAAGAGAUCACCGAUUGCUGCUUCCCGGGCACUCUCGACCCACCGGACUGGUCCUUGUCCUCUGAUAAUGGCAUCAGAUAGUUCAACCCCGGGAGCCCUUCGAAGAACAGGGUGUUGUGCAGCUCCGGCAGCUUCGUCCCGUUGAAGGAGUAGACGCGCUCGUAACCCUGGAAGGCCCGCCGGAGCUGGACGGCGGCGAACCAGUCCUUGAAUGUGUACCCCUCCCAGUUGAAGAUGGUGAUCCUCGCCGUCCACCCAUUUCUGUAGUUGGAGUAGAUGUGCCAGUUGAUGCUGACCCCGCAGAAAUCCCCGCAGGGGAGAGGGUUUGGCACAGGCCGGUGCUUGAUACUGGCCCAGGCUUUGGCCUUUGCUGUCCUGUUGUUGAACGGCACGAGGAGGGCCUCCGAGGGGAGCAGCAGCGGCGGCGCGUCGGCGUCGCAGACGAGCCCGUCGGCGCAGCCGCAGGCGCAGGUGCCGCACGGCACGACGGAGUCGUUGUAGUACGCCGAGAAGGAGACGCAGCAGCGGGAGGCCUUGGCCUUGGGGCGGGUGAUGUUGCAGACCACCUGCCAGCUCGCGACGGCGGUGGAGACGGCGUCCAACCUUGAAGGGUCCGGGAACUCCAUGGGGCUGACCCUUUGCGGCGGCCCGCAGAGGUAGUCUGGGUUGAGGACGCCGGCGAUCUUCCAGUUCUUUGGGGGGUAGAGAGCUGUGCGGUUCAUGUCCGGGGGGAUCUUGAAGACGAGGAGCUGGAAGAUGGCUUUGGACUUGGUGGAAUUCAUGGUGGGGGGGAGUAAGGAGCCGUUCUUGCAGCAGAAGGGGAUCUUUCCGAUCUGGUCGUCAUCGACGCGUUCUGGGGGGAGGUCGGCGAUGACCGGGCGGCGCUGGCAGUUGAGGACGGCGGCGAAGUCGAGGCUCUGGUAGAAGGUGGAGGCCUCGCCGUAGAUGCAGGAGGAGGCGUCCUUGAGGUGGGUGUAGGCGCCCUUCAUGCUGUAGAUGAACUCGCCUCGCUUCCACUCCCAGGUGAGGUUCCAGUUGUCGAGGCGGCCCAGAGGGUUCCAGUUGUCGAGGGUGACCUGGGCCAGGUACUUGCCCUCGAAGGCCUGAAGGACGUCGUAGGCGAUGGUGAGGUCGCCGGCCCUCUGUGGCAGGAACUUAGUCGCGCCGUCUUGUUCGCCUUGAACUUGGGGUACUACUGCAGCACAGAUACAUCACGCUCCCUACUCGCACACAGAUAUGGACAAAUACGGUCUAGAUAUAAAACAUAAAAGCAUAUGAUCACAAUAACAAUGAAAACUCAAUUUUUGGUUAUCAAUGAGAACAAAUAGAAAAGAAUCACUAAGCAAUUAGGAAUUCUAAUGAGAACAAGACUUCCACCAAGCACCUUUAACUCAUGUUUCAAUGCCUUCAAAAUGACUCGCAUACUAGAGAGUCAACAAUUGACUCUUAUCUCCUUCUAUAAAGACUUCAUCUGCAAUAGAAGAAAGAGAAGAUAUCAAGAAUAGGAAUAGAGUUGAUAAAAAGAAAUAAUAGAAUCAAGAGAGAGAUAGUCAUCCAUCGUACCCAAAAAAGAGAAAUACAUGCCCUAUUUAUAGAAAUAAGAAAAAAUAACUACUCUCUAAAAGGAAGUAUCUCGAUUUACAUGUAGUUGAACCCACACAUUUCAAAUGUGACGAAUGCAACCACUCUUUUUCUCUCUCUACAUGACCCUCAAAACAAGUUAUAAUGGUUGAUGUGACUAUCAUGUCAUUGCCCCCUUACUCCUUGCACACCUCUCGAGCGAGUUAGAUAGGAGAGCUCUCUCUCACGUCUCUUGAACGGUUGAGAUGGGAGAGAUUCUCUCACACGUCUUCCGAACAAGUCAGCCGUGAUAGACUAACACUGUCAACAAACUCCACCUUGGCAGUCAUCAUCGCUGCACCAAGAGUCGACGUUUGUCCAUACUACAAGUUCUUCACCUUCUGUAAAGUACUUACAAUAUGAAUCAAAUUCAAACAAUAAUUGAACUACUCCAAUGUGAUGACCUUCAUCAACAUAUAUGCGGCAUUCUACUCUAUGUGAACCUUUUCUAGAGAGAUAUCUCUAGAAUUCACCAACUCAUAGAUCUUGCGAUAUUACACAUCAAUGUGCUUCAAUUACAUAUGAUAAACCUGAUUCUUUGUUAAGUAAUUAGCAUUCUGACUGUCAUAAUACAAAGGAACUUCACCUUGUCGGAUCCCAAGCUCACUUAAUAAUCCCUUCAACUAUAAGGCCUCUUUGGCUGUUUUAGUAGCUGCCAUAUAUUUCGCCUUAGUUGUAGAUAAUACAACAGUAGUAUGAAGUGUAGACUUUCAACUAAGAAGUCUAUCAACCAUGGUAAAAACAUAUCCCAUUGUAGAUCUUUGAUGACCUAAAUGCUUGAAAAAAUCUGCAUUAACAAAGUCAACAAUAGAAAGAUAAUUUUAUCAGUCAAAAUAGAUUUCAAAAUUUAAAAAACUCUUUAGAUAUUGGAGAAUUUAUUUCACUAUGCUUCAAUGCUCUUUUCCUAAAUUACUCAUAAAUCUGUUCACAAGCCGAACUGCAGGAACAAUAUCUGGUUUGAUACAAACCAUAACAUACAUGAGAGAGCCAACCGCAUUAAUAUAAAGAAUUUACUUCAUCUCAAUAAUAUCUUCUUCAGAUGUAGAAUACUUAGUAGAUAAUCUGAAAUGACUAACUAGAGGAGUACUCAUUGUUUUAGUAUUACUCAUCCUAAAUAGAUCCACCACCUUUGAAAGUUGACUCCUUUAAGUCAAUCAUAGUUGACCUAAUUCUCAAUCUCUAUGGAUCUCUAUAUCAAGAAUCUUCUUUACCACACCAAGAUUCUUUAUGUCAAAUUCUUUUCCUAAUAGUGACUUCAAUCUAGCAAUCUUAUAUGAAUUUUUCGAAACAAUAAGUAUAUCAUCACCACAGAACAUCAAAAUAAUCAGAUAACUAUCAUCACAAGUCCUCAUAUAAAUAGAAGAGUCAAAAUCAUACCUCGUAUAGUCAAUCUUUAACAUAUAAGAGUCAAACUUUUUAUACCAUUACCUUGAUGCCUGCUUCAACUUAUAAAGGUACUUUUUUAGUUCACAAAUAAGAUGUUCUGACCCUACAUAAUGAAAUCCUCCAAUUGUUGCAUGUAAAUAGCCUCCUCCAAAUCUCUAUGAAAGAACAUCAUUUUCACAUCCAACUAUUCAAACUCUAUAUCUUCAUAUGCGACAAUGGCUCACAUCAAGCGAAUAAACAUGUGCUUCACAAUUGGCAAACAUGUCCUUCACUAUAAUAAAUUCUUUACUUCUGUGUAAAGCUUUUUACAACAAGCCUUGCCUUGUACUGAGGUUGAUCACUAUCAAUUAUUAGUGACUUUUUCUUAUACACCCAUUUGCACCUAAUAACUCAUUUCCCUAUAGGAAGAUCCACUAAUUCUUAAGUGUGGUUCUUAUCUAAGAAUGCUUACUCCUUUAGACAUUGCUUACAUCUACUUCUCCUUUUCAAGACAACUAAUUAUCUUUUGAAAAGUUGUGAGCUCAUCAUCUUCUAUAAAUAAUGCAAAGGUAACAUAAUCAUCAAGACGAGUAAGAAGUCUUAUUUUACGCUUACUCCAUCUACUAAUAAUAUAAUCAAGAACAUCUGAUGAUUUUGCAACUCGAUCUCCAUCUUCACUUACAACAGAACUAAGAAGACUUUACACAAUCUCCACCUCCAGCCUUGCUCUAUCUACAACUUAAAUAUUAUCAGAUUGUUAAACCUUUUGCUUUGUAGAAAAAGACUUCAACAUAUGAUCUUCAUCAAAAAUCACAUCCCUAUUGAAAAUAACUUUCUUCGCAUUUGAAUCCCAAAGUCGAUAUCCCUUCAUGCUAGUGCUAUAGCCCACUAAGAUACAUUUCUUCGACUUUGGAUUCAACUUUCAUCUCUCAUCAACAAGUGUAAGAACAUAUUUUGAACAUUAAAAUAUAUUCAAAUUCGAAUAGUCAAUAGGAUUUUCAAUCCAUACAUCUUCAGCAACCCUCCCAUCAAGAGCAGAAUUUGGUUAUCUAUUUACCAAAUAAGCUACCAUACUCAUAACUUUUGCCCAAAAUUUCUUGGGCAAAACAUUCAGCCGUAAACACCAUGCUUUCUCAAUAAUUGUGCGGUUCAUCUACUCAGUAACACUAUUUUAUUGUAGAGUUUUCUUCACUGUAUAAUAACAUUGAAUACUAUGCUCAUCACAAAAUUGAUCAAAUUCAGAAUUCUUAAAUUCUAUACCAUUGUCAGUCCGUAAGAUUUUGAUCUUUUUUCCCAUCUGGUUCUCUACCUUCACACACCAAGUCUUGAAUUUUGUAAAUACUUCAAACUUGUGUUUCAAGAGGAAUAUCUAAACUUUAUUGAAAAAAUCAUCAACAAAGGUUAGAAAAUAUCGAGCACCACUCAUCGAUGUCACAUCAACUAGACCACACACAUUUGAAUGAACAUAAUCUAGCACAUCACCCGUAUCAUACUUUGUUACUUUGAAUGUCACUUUAUACUAUUUUCCCAUGAUACAGUACUUGUAAAAAAUCAAUUUGCAAGUUCUCACACCAAGUAGUAGUCCUUGUGCAUAUAGCUUUUGCAUACUUAUCUCACUCAUAUAACUCAAUCACAAGUGCUAUAAAAGUGUGUCAUCAAUCAUGAAAUCAUUUGGUGUCACAACACAAGCUUCACCUACAAUGUUAUUCCCCUCAAGUUUAUAAAUAUUCACUCACUGACGUCUUCUCUUCAUUAUAACAAGUGAUUCCUUUAUAAUCUUGAGGAUCCCAUUAUUUCUUUUGAAGCAACAUUCAUUCGCUUUCAAUACUCUAAGUGAAAUCAAAUUUUGGUACAAUGUUAAAAUAUAAUAAAUAUUUUCAAGCUUUCAAAUCAUUCCGUCAAACAUUCUAACCUUCAUUGAACUAAUGCCCACAACUUCGCAAGUUAUAUUAUUUUUCAUAGAAACAACUCUUGCUGUACUCUUGUACGAUUCUAACUAGUUAGUAUUAGGACACAUAUGAUAAGAACAACUAGUAUUAAGAAUCUGUGUUCAACAAAUCUUUAGCUACAACAAGUUCAGAAUAGACUUCAGCAUCUUCUCUAUCCUCAACCUUUGCAACAUUAGUCGAACUAGAUUCACCCUCUAUUGUCUUAUUACUUUGAUUCUUUGGACAAUCUCUUCACAAGUGUCCAUUUUCAUGACAUUUGUGAUAAGUUUAGUUUUUUAAUCAAUUUAUCCAUGACUUGGACCGACUCUUCUUAUCUCUUGAUGAUUCUUUCUCCUUCUACCUUUCACGUUUUCUUCCACCCUUCACAUAUAAACCUUCACUACAAGCCUUACCAACAUCCUUCUUUUGAUGAUAAUACUCCAUCAAUAAGUCAAGAACAUCUUCAAGAAUAGGUUUUGUAUUGUCAUGUAACAAGGUCGUAACAAGAUGAUUGACACAACUUUGUCGUUGUAAAGUAAAUCAUGUAAAUUUAAAAUUUAUAAAACUAUAAAAUACUAAUUUUUAAAUAUUUAGAAGUAUUUAUGAAAAAAUAUAUCAAUUAUAAUUCAAUAAAACUUUUAAAAAUAGUGAUAAUUUUUCAAGUCAGUCAUAGGGAUGUAAUAAUAUAUCUGAUAAUGUUUUAAAAUUUUUCUCAAAGAAUACGAUUUUCUAUGAAUUUUGUACUAAAAAAUGAAAAUAAAAUAUAUUUAAAUUUCACAAAAAUAGAAAAUAAGGGUGCAGACAUCAUGAUGACAUCAGCACUCGACGAAUGCGAAUCGAGUGGAAAUAGAGUUCCACCCGAUGAUUUUUACGUAAGUGAUUAUAAAUAAUUUAAUUGAUCAAAUUAAGAUUUGUAAAAGUCAAAAGAAUCAUAAUUGAAUGAAGUAUAGCUUAGUAAAUUUAAAUCACACAAAUUAUCACUAAAUGAAGUAAAAAUUAAGUUGAAAGGAGGAAAACAGAGUUUCGACGUCAUGGCGGCGAUGCAUCAGUAAUGCAUCAGAAUCUUGAGUGUUUGAAAAGAUCAUCGUGUAGUGUCCACGACCUCGAAGACUCUCCUUGGACAAGGAUGACGUGGGCAAUCUCUAGAUCUCCUUGCGAAGUCUAGAGAUCAAUGAAAUAGGUCAUUGAAUUAUCACUGGUAGCUGUCACCCGACGGAGUAGAAAAAUAAUGACUUUGCAGCUCUCUAGCGGCUAUCACCUAACAAAGAGGAGCUAGAUGGAGGUGGGGCGUGUGUCAAGGAGCUUCAUCCUCAAGUCUGCACAGCAAGAUGAGGCUCUUCAUCACAUCUAG